UUUUGUUUUCUGAUUUGGGCAAGUAUUUGCCUAGUUACAUAUGUUAAGGUAUUACGAUGUAUGAGAGUUAUGACAAAAGAAAAAAGUGAUAUUGAUGCGUUAGAGCUGCCUGAAUACUGCUUUCACAACAAAUUCGUUCUAGUAGAAGAACUCGCUCUGGAACGAAACUUUUUAAGACUGCAUCAGGGGCGCUGCACUGUAAUUGGUAGGUUACAACAACAUCACAGCGGAUAUCUCAUAUUGGAAAACAUUAAUCUAUCACAUUUGCCUAGGAAAUACGCCUUGCCUGAAGGUACAGUAAAUUUGCGUAUUUUUAAAUUUGCUGUUUGGGAUGUCGAAUUGAAAAUUGGCCAUUAUUGCGAAGUGGUUGGUGAAGUUGUCCUUUGGAAUCCAAAUAAUUCGCGAGACAAUUGGUUGCGAUUGACACCCCGGGGAGCACUGGAAUCUUCACAGAAUUUCGAUAAAAUCAAUAACAAAGAGAUAUUUGAACAAUUACACAAGAAGUAUUUUCUAGCAAUAAAUUGUUUCAAAAUAGAUUACAUAGAAUGUCCAGCGGAAUUGAUUGAAAGGCAUUUAAAGAUACGACAUUUGGCGUUAAAUAAUGCAAAGAGAUAAACUGAAAUCGAUGUUAAAAAACUGGAAAUCCUUAAAGCAUCCGACUUUCGUCCGCAACAACAUUAACAGCUCGUAUAUAUUGUCAACACUCAGUAGUAUUUCCAGCAAUCAGAACAAAGAACAACGUCAUCAAAAUGUCUGAAACCAUAACCGAGAAACCUUCCACCUACCAAGCUAAGAAUUCGAACCACUGUCUGAGGUCGUAUUUUUAUCCAGCAUUUUUGUACGCAAACAGCUACGACGUAACGGACAACAAAACAAAUGAAAUGUUCCUCCACCAAUGGAAGCCGGAACAAUUUACUAUGGACGAAAAAUAUCAACGCGAAGAUGAACGUUUGAAGACAUUCGACAAUUGGCCACUGGAGUGGCUGAACAAGAGGGAAUUGGCGCAAACUGGUCUAUUCUAUACUGGCGACGAGGAUAAAGUGAAAUGUUAUUUCUGCGAAGUUGAGAUCGGUCGUUGGGAACGUGAGGAUCAGCCUGUCAAUGAGCAUUUACGUUUCUCACCCAAUUGCCCAUUACUGAGGCGGCGAACUACCAACAAUGUGGCUCUUAACAGUGAUACACUGAAUCGCGUCCUACCGCCCGUUAGUUAUGAUGUUUGCGGCAAUGAGGGGCUCGAAUCGGAAUUCGAGGCAAGUGAAUCUGCAGCCGUUGGCCGUUCAGAAGAUGGUCUGACGACAGCGACUUCUGGCAUAACUUAUCAAUAUGAUAGCAUAGCUAGUGGUGAUGCGACGACGCAUAACAACUCCGCCGUCAACGACAGGCCAGCCCUAAACGAGGUGAUAUUGUUUCGACCAGAGUACCCUGAGUAUACCAUCGAAGCUGCACGUUUACGUUCGUUUGCCGAAUGGCCACGUAACAUGAAACAACGGCCUGCACAAUUGGCAGACGCUGGCUUCUUCUACACUGGUAUUGGUGAUCGUGUGAAAUGUUUUAGCUGUGGUUGCGGCCUCAAGGAUUGGGACAAUGACGAUGAACCAUGGGAACAACAUGCGCUCUGGUUCCCUAAAUGUCGUUACUUGAAACUGCUCAAAGACCCAAGCUAUAUUGACAGCGUCGCUGCCAAAUUCAAGGUGAAUAAUGGUAAAAGUGCGGAUAAAGGGCUGAAGUCGUCGGGCCAGCAAUGCUCAACAUCAGACACCACGGUCGCACAGCCUGUGAUGGCUACAAUGUCGACACCGAAAUGUACGACAUCGGCAGAGAAGGAUGAUAUGAAACUCAAAGAGGCAAACAUCCCCGAUGAGAAGCUCUGCAAGAUAUGCUAUGCUGAUGAAUACAACACAGCGUUUUUACCCUGCGGCCAUGUGGUGGCCUGCGCCAAGUGCGCGUCCUCGGUCUCGAAGUGCCCGGUCUGUCGGAAACCUUUUACAAAUGUGAUGCGCGUGUUUUUUCCUUAAUCAGUUAUAAAUACUAUUUAUUAAACAGUAGACUAACCCGCGUUGUAAAUAAUAAGAACGUUAAUGUGCGGUAAUUCGGCCAGUUGUGGUAUGUCCCAAGUAUUG